AUGUUUGCGACGCUGCGCGAUUUAGACAGCCAAAGUAUGGUGGCCACCGAGGCUUCGACGGUGCCUCCGCCUUACAAUCGCCCUCCACAUAUCGUCUGUCAAUGGUGCCGUAGUAAAAAGUUGAAGUGCUCGGGAUUCAGUACCAAGGGAUGUGCACGUUGCAGAGCAUCGAACGCCGAAUGCGUUCCAGUGAGCAGGUCAUCGCGCAAUGCUGCCGUCAAGAGGAACCAGAGGAUCAGACCUACCGGCCAAGAUCUUACCAGCCCUCCAGAUAACCUAGUCCGAGAAUCCUCGCACUGCAGUCCGCCGUUUGAUAUCCACUCCCCUUCUUCUGAGAAACACCCGUCGGAUGGAAUCGCAUCUUGCCCACCGAUUGCACAGCUUGAAAGUCUUCCAGACUCAGAUCCAGACUGCUUAGAGCACUUGCCAUAUGAGCUGCAUCAUUCCAUGACACAAGAGUUCCUACCCCCGCUUCCAAUCAACUGGAAUCUUGAUGGCAAUAAAAGCAGUCCAGAGAGUAUAACCCUGGCAUCUAGCAGGGAUGUUAAUGACCAACCCGGGACCCAGAAUCUCGAGGCGUCCUGGAAAUCAUUCACCGACAGUAUAGGAGAAGAGUGUGGGCCGCGCUCGGAUACAAGUCCCUGUCAGUGUAUUCAUCAUGCACUGGAGAUGUUGGACGACUUCUGUGGCCAGGAAUAUACGCCGGGGCCCGCGUGUCUCGGGGACAACGGGUUCAUGUUACAGCGUCUGGCGACCUUGCGUUCCGGGGUCCGAAAACUGGAGUCGCUGACGGCCUGUUUCAGAUGUAGGGGAGCCCAGAGACCAAUGACCCUUUUCGUACUGCUCUCCGAGCGUCUGGUUAAUCAUCUCCUUCUUACCCUGGAAACCCCAAUUCCGGACCCAGUCUCCGCUGGGCUUUUUGCUUCUUCUGUCCUGAUACGACGCGAAAGUAACGGAGUAUGGCCUUGCGUAACCCCUUCUACUGCUUUCGAAAAUAGCACCGACUAUCCUGUUGAUGAUAGGGAUAAUAUCAUGACACUAAGUUGUGGCACGAAUAGCCUAGACGUGACGGCUGAGACUUCGUCACUUCUUACUCUCCUGCGCUUAACGACACUGCAGCAACUCCGCAUAGUGCUGUCAAAGUUGUGGGAUCGCGCGCAGAUGGAGCAAUGGGGCGGCCAUCUCAAGACUCUGAGACAUCAGCAGAAUCAGUUGCGUGCUAUGGAUGUCGCCAUGAAGGCUCAAUUAACGGUGGAGGCAAACUAA